AUAAAAUGAGUGAGCAACACAGCAACGCUCCUGAAAGCUUCAAUGCUGCGGGCAAGGUCAAGAUUAACGAGAACUUUGAAUCCUUCAUGGAUGAAGGAGCCGCUAGUAAAUCUGGAGGUAAUUUCUACUUCCAAGGACCUGGCCCAGCCCAAAAUCCCUUUACAAUCCCACCAGAUGAGAAAAUAUUCACGUUCAAGGAGGAAGAAAAGCAGCGGAGGCUCAAGGAACGGGAAAAGAAUCGGAAAACUAAGAUUUGGAAUAAGAACAGACCUGCCAGAGAAGGAUGUCUCAAAAAGCUCUGAGAGACAGAUAUCAAAAUGAGCACCAUCGAAGUUGCUAUGGCCAUAGAUGAAGGAUUCACUAUCCCAGUAGAGCGUCCCAGGAACAAAGAAAAUCGGUGGAAACUUAUUGAAAAGAAGCGAGAAAUGGACCUUAUUCAUGAAAUGAUCCAGACCAAAAGAAUCGAAACAAGCAAGAUAGAAUACCUUGAGAAGAAGAGGCAAGAAGCCCUUGAAGAAUCAGAGAAAUUCCUGUCCCAAGACAUCAAGAAUUUCGUAGAUUUCUUCAAAAAGAACACUUCUCAGAGCAAAGAAGCUAUGCAAGAGGCUGAAAACAAGAAGAACAUUAGGAUGGGGAUGCAUAAGGAAUUCCUAGAGAAAAAGGACGCAUACCAAAAACUUGUGUCUAACAUUAACAAAAAUGCUGAACUUCUGGAGGAGUAUAACAAGUACAAGGUCUUCUUGGACAAUGUGAAAUCAGCCAACACUGGCAACCAAGAAGCUAAUAAUAAGGAAGAGAAAAAGCAGGACAAGAAGAAAUCAACUGAACAAAAAGAAGAUAAUCUGCUUAAAAGUUUGAAUAUUAAGAAAGAAAUUAUCGAUCUGAUCGAAGAUGACACUUUUAAAUACGAAAUAGCCUUUGAGAAUCCUGAUGAUCUGAUCGAGAACUUCACAACCCUUGAGGAGAAGAACCUCUUCCUGAUCCAACAAACUCAGGAAGCUGAGCAAGCUUACGAGGAGAAGAACCACUUGUUCCAAAGAAGCAAGAAGAGGUAUGAAAAUGAGAUUAAGGCACUGGGUGGUGGUCUCACUGAAGUCAAUGAAAGAAUCGGCAAAAUUAAUGGUGAGAUUGAAAAGGAUCAAGAAAUUGAUAGUCGUAAAAAGAUACCUGAAGAACUCGAAUAUAGAAUUCGUGAGAAGGUCAAAGAGAUCUACUCUAGUAUCUUCAAAGGGCAAGGAAAACAUGUAGAAUCCAACAACUCUACAUUAUACUUACUCUCAGAGAUAGAAAAAUAAAUGCAAUAAUCUUCUCAAAGAAGACAAAGAGUGGUUAGAAAAAGAACCUAUGAUCCAUCAUGAGAUCGGAAAAGACAUCAACAAGGAUAUAAAGAAUUCUAACAUACAGAAAAACAAAGAAAUUCAGAACAGGGCCAAUAUUUUGAAGAGAAAGAACGAUAGUAGUGACAAAAGAGAUUUCUACAUUUACAAGCCUCUUAUGAAAAGAAGCAAGCGCGAGUCUAUCAAAAAGAAAGUUGACAAUGAGAACAAACUGAGUGAGGAAGACCUGGAUAAGAUAUACUUCCUCGGUCUCUACUAAGCUCCAACCCUCAGCUAUGCCAUUAAAAUUUCA